AAGGCCAUCAAUUUAAAUAAGAAAAAAACACAUAUUUUUCAUUUACAAUCACAUUUCUGUCUAUAAAUAUAUAAAAAUCAAAUAAUUAAAAAUACACAUAAAAAAUACAACAAAAUAAAUAAACCAUAAGCUCUUUUUUCCGACUGCAACCACUAUUUGAAAUGGAUUAAACAGAAAAAAUAAACUAUGUCAGCUUGUUGUUAUUAAAACAACCACAACAACAAUAUAAUAAAACAACAACAUCUAACAAAACUUUUUCUCACUAAAAGUGUCGAGUACGUACAACUCUAUGUCAAUGUACUUUUUACAUUUUCUUCGUUUGUUUUCUACAAAUGUCGCAAUCCUUUAGGUAAUUUACAUAUACAUGUUGUUGCCUUUUAUAAUACAUUUGAUACAUUCAUAUGUUAACAGUGUUAAAACAAAACUGCCGGUGAAAAAAUUAAGUCCCUUAACACAUAACCAAAAAAAGAAAAAAUAAAGGCGGCAGCAAAAAAACACACUAAUGGCCUUAAUGAUUUGUUGAAAGAAACUAGAAUGGUAAUAAAAGAGAAGCAGCUAAAUAUCAAACUGAUUUCAUUCAUUUCAUGAAAACUUUAGGAAAUAUAAUAUAAACCCAAAAAAUAAACAAAUGGUUUACCAACAAAGCAGAGGCGAAAAUAAAACAGGAAUAUUAACAAACAUAUAGAUAAGAAAAAUAUAGAGAAAAAUUUUGAAAACAAAAAACAAUUGGCGCUUAUAUGGGGAAAAAGCUAAAGAUUUAGGAGCCAGCUGGAAAAGACAAAAAAUAUGCUGACGUCAACCGAAAUAAUGAAGACAGAGGAAUAAACAACAAAAAAUAAGAAAAACUAAAACUUGGACUUAAUAGAAAGCUGAAAAUGAAAUCAACUUAAGGAAGAAAACAACAAAAAAGUACAAUAAAAUAGGAUACAUACAAACAAAAAACAAAUAUAAGUUCGAAAAAGACAAGCAGACGCCUUUAUAAACGACAACAUUGUGGUGUAGGGUUUGAAAGAACAGAAUAAAAAAUAUAAAAAACUGGUGCGUAAUAUGAGCUUAAAUGACAGUUUAAAAACUUAAAACUAAAGAUACAAAAAGGAGGACGAGAAAGGCUUUUUGUUUAUUGCAGUCAUUCAAUAUGAUUGUCAUUUUUAGCAUUCUUAAAUACCCAAAAAUGUCUAAAAGGGAUUAGACUUAAGAGAUAUAUUGUAAAGAAACUUAAAGUGAUAGUUGCACUUAUUAGAUAUUUAUUUUUCUUAUCUUGUCAAUAGAUGCCAUUAAUGUUGUUAAACACGCCUAUAACAAACGUUUUUUUAUGCUUUAAACUUGAAUUUUCAAAAGGAUUCAAAGAAAUUUUUUGACACCCUGGUAUAAACUCAAUAGCAAAAUUUAAAACUACUGGAGGUACUUAUUAAAAAUAAACAAAACAAGAUAUUAAGGAACAAAAUGCCUUGUUUAAGCCGUAAAACAAUAGUGUUAGUAAUCUGCUAUACAUUACUGCUAAACUGUGUUCUCAUCCAAGGCGUAGAAGGCUGUCCAGCUGAAGUGUGCAUUUGCAAAUGGAAGGGUGGCAAACAGACCGUAGAAUGCGGUGGUCAAUCUCUGCCCAAUAUACCUGAAGGCAUGGAUCCCGGCACACAAGUAUUGAACUUUAGUGGCAAUUCCCUGCAGGUUCUGCAAAGUGAACGUUUUUUACGCAUGGACUUACUGAACUUACAGAAAAUAUACCUAUCCCGCAAUCAGUUAAUAAGAAUACACGAAAAGGCAUUUAGGGGUUUAACAAAUCUAGUUGAAUUAGAUUUGUCCGAAAACUCCUUGCAGCACAUACCCUCAGAAACCUUCCAGGACUACAGUUCAUUGAUGAGACUUACUUUGAGUGGCAAUCCUAUAAGAGAACUGAAAACAGCUGCAUUUAGAUAUCUGUCAUUUCUCACCACCUUGGAAUUAAGUAACUGCCAAAUUGAAAGAAUAGAAAAUGAGGCAUUUGUGGGCAUGGAUAAUUUGGAAUGGCUAAGAUUGGAUGGUAAUCGCAUUAGUUAUAUACAAGGUAAUCAUAUACUUCCAAAGUCGCUGCACGGUAUAAGCUUACAAAGUAAUCGCUGGACUUGUGAUUGUCGUUUGUUGGAUUUGCACUCUUGGCUUAAUAACUAUAAUACACCUCAAACAGAAGAACCUAAAUGUGUGGAGCCUCCUCGUCUUAAGGGGCAAGUUAUAAAAUCGUUAAAACGUGAAGAAUUUGCGUGCUUACCAGAAGUUUCGCCGCAAUCUACUUAUACCGAAGUAUCUGAGGGACGUAAUCUUACCAUAUCAUGUGUGGUGCGGGCCAUACCAGAACCUAAAGUGUUGUGGCUAUUUAAUGGUCAAGUUAUGUCCAAUGAUAGCUUUGUAGAUAACAUGCAUAUGCUGUAUUACAUUGAUGAAUCCUCAACUACCUCAGAGGAGAAAAGAAGUGAAAUUUUCAUUUAUAAUGUUGGUAUAGAGGAUAAUGGUACCUUUUCGUGUGUGGGACAAAAUAUCGCAGGCACUACCUUUAGCAAUUACACCAUAAGGGUAAUGAUCAAAGAACCGCCCGUUGUUAAUGAGGUAUCAUUUCCCCAAAAUUACAUGAACUAUAUAGUGGCCAGUUCUGCGGGUGGAGGUAUUAUUUUUGUACUUAUAUUAGCCUUCAUUAUUAUACAAUGUAAAAAACGUCAAACUCCAGUAAAACGUAAAAAGUGUCCCUCCUCGGGUGUUACUUCUGUAAAUGGAAAUAACACCUCUUCUUCAGAUGGUUCAUCCAAUAAUGACAAUGGCCUUAUGAAAUGUUCUUCCAUAAUAAAUGACAAUGAUAGUUUAAAUAACAGUUCCGGUCUAAUGCUAGGACAAUGCGAUACAUUGACACCUACAAAGCUUUCCAAGGAGAAUGGUGUCAUAUUAGGCAAUCAAAUAAAGCAGAAUAUAAUGAUGUACAAUCCUUUAGACAGUUCUACACAAACAUUGCAACUGAGUGUUAAUAUGGCACAGGCUUCAUCUUUAAAUUCGGGUACUCCACCACCACCGCCACAAUCCCUAAUGGUUAAUCCCGCCUUAAGCUCUACUCUAGCUUAUUGUUCACCACCGUCAUCACUACGCAACUAUGCAGAAAAGAAUCCAGAUUUAGUUAAUGAUGCCGAAUCGGGCUAUAAACAUAAACUAAAAACUUCAUCCUCUUUAGAUGCUGGCGGCUCAGAGUAUGAUAGUCAAAGUGAUUGCCAAAAUCCUGUGCAAUAUGAUCAGUAUUAUCAGCUGUCUGCGCCACAAUUCGGUUCACAAAUCCUAAGGCCUAACACGGCUGCCGCCAUGGCCUCAUCGAGAUUUGGUGGUAUGACAACAUUGCCAAGAGGCAUGCAGUUGAAAACAGUGAUGAAUUCAAUACCAACUCAUCCAGUUGAUGUACAUUUAAAUCCUGUUUGCUUUCUGGGUCAGGAUGGCUUUGCCUACGAUUACACAAAUGCUCAUCUACAACAAUCACCACAACAGCCUCCAUCACAUCAUCACUUAAUGCAACAGCAAUCAGCAGCUCAACAGCAGCAGCAACAACAAGCAAAUAUUCAACAACAGCAACAACAAAAUUUCUAUCGUACCUUGCCGCACAAUAGAGCACACAAGCAGCAACAGUUUGCCAAUGCAAAUAACAAUAAUGGUAUGCGGUAUAGUUUAGAGGCAGAAUUUCUACAGCAACGUUCGGGGACACCAACAUCCUAUGACAAAUAUAACAUACCAAAUGUACGUUUUACUGCUGAGGGAUAUCCACAAACUCAUUUAGUGCAGUAUCCUUCACCUCCGGAGGGUUACAAAAGUAAUACUGAUCAACAGCAACAACAAUUACAUCAGCAGCAACAACAAUGGCCACCUUGUCUGCCGGGUUAUCAUGCCCAGCCCAUACACUAUACACCCACCAUAAUGGGUAUGUUAAGUCCACAGCAGCAGCAACCACUUACCUCUAUAAAUACUACAACACCGUUAUCUACCAAUACACCCCCAGUAACGACCAUGUCAUCGGCAUCAUCACAAACCAAUAUGGAUGCUCAAAGAAAAAGAUGUGUGGUAGGACAGGUUGAUUCUACAACCAUACCAGAAUGUGAUGAAACUGAUAUAUCACCAACAACAUCAUCACUUACAGUUAGUGUAACACAACAACAGCAAUUGCAGCAGCAACAAUCUCAACAGGAAACAACAUCUUGUUCUAUUAACACAACAGAAAAAAAUACUAAAGCACGACAUUUAAAUGGUCCACUUGCCGACAGUCCCGAUGAGGGCUACGUGGGAGAUAGUCAUGACACGGCAGUGACGACGAUAUCGUCGGCUCCAUCACAGGAAAUAUGACAACAGCCAUCACGUUUACUUAAAGUAAAUGGUUCAAUAGGAUCUACUCUUAACACCACCCUUACUACUAACACCACCUCAAAAACAUCAUCCUCAGCAGCUUCACCUACCAACUCGAGUAGUUUUACACAUAAUAGUAGUGCCACCAUACCUGCCUCUAACCACCUGAAAGCUACAACGCUAUCAUCCAGCAGAAAUGCAUCAAAUUCUCUUUCCGACGAUUCAGUGGCGUUGUAAGAUUACUCUGUGCGUGUAUUGUGUUAAGAGUUUUUUAUUUAUGUUUAAGGGUUUUUUAGAUUUUCUUUUUGUAUCUAUUUUAAAGUUGAAAGUAAAUGCGAAGAUAAGACGAGGAAAAAUUGAAAGUUUUAGUUAAUUAAGAAAAUUGUUACCUUUUUGUGUAGUUUUACUUUAAUUGCCUCAAUAGAAAUGUUAAGUCUAAAUUAAAAUAAAAGUGCAGUUUUUACUUAUUAAUAAUAAUUUCUUUUAAAUUAAUUUUCUCUUUUAGAGAGGAGCUAACAGGUCCGUUGUAUAAGGGUUUAGACUUUACUUCUAUGAUGCAUUCUUUAAAUAUUUUAAUAUUAUUCUCUUAAAAAGUUCAUGUAAUACAUUUUUUUUGAUUUCUUCACUUCCUUAGGAAGGCUUUACGUAAGUUUUUCUUAUUUAUAAGUAUCGCGAAUAGAGCAUUAAAAAUACUUGUUCGCUGUUAUUAUAAAAUUUCAUGCAUCAAAAAAAGUCUCUUCGUCUGCUUUUUAAAAAUCGGAUUUUUGAAGGCGAGACAUAUCUUGGGAAUACAAAUAUUAGGUAUGCUUUUAAGAGAUACGAUCAACAAAUUUCAACUAGAUUUAUGCGAGAUAUUGUAUUUUUUAAUAUAUUCCCAGCAAAACUUACAUUGAACAGUAAUGCGUUAAAAUGCUAAUAAAACCUCUUUUCAUAACAUUUUUAAAAAAGUUCUGACAAUUUUUAUUACAAAGAAGUUGUUAAGUAAUUUGUUUUGUUUUUAAUAAUAAAUAGAAAGAGAAUACGAAGCAGGGACUUCAGGUUUUAAGUUACUUUUUUGUAUUUUUUUAAGAAUUAAUACAAAUAAGCGAUUUCCACUAAUGUAUACAUAUAAAAGAGUUCCGAGGAACUUCCCUUUUAAAAAUAUUAUGUAGAAAUACCUUUCAUUUGAUGCUUAUUACUUAUUUCAUUUGUCGUUUUGGGUAACUUCAUGAAAAAUGCAGAAAAAUAUUUGAAAAGUCUUGUGAGAUAUUUUUGUUUAUAGAUCAAGGUUUUAAUCAAAUUUAAUAAAAUGAAAGUUGGAAAAAUUUGAUUUUAAUGUGUGAUGUUUUUGAUUUCAAAUGACCAAAAAAGAACUAUUUAAAUUACUUAUAUAAUAUUGACAAAAUUAGUUACAUACAUAUGUAUACAUACAUACAUAUGUAUGUAUGUAUGUAUGUCUGUAAUAUACGUCAAUAUAAAAUAAAUCUAUGUAAAACAAGUAUAGUCGGACAUGGCCGACCAUAUG